AUGCAGAAAAGGACCAAUUUUAUCUUUAAUCUCCGUUAUUUACUUCUUUUUCUUUCUUCCAUUUUUGUUGUUGUUGUUUUGAAUGAGAUUUUGGAUUGGUCCCACCCACCCACGCUUUUUCUUUUUUUUGCUUUUAAUUUAGUCUUUUUUGGCAAUUCCGUUCCGUUUCCCGUAAGUACACGACCCACGCAAAACCAACUUUUAAAAAAAAAACAAAUGAAAAAGUUGUGGAAUUUAAGCACACGCUCACUUUUUUUUUUUUUUUUUUUUCUUUUUUUUUUCUUUUUCUUUUUCUUUUCUUUUUUUUCGGUAUUGAUGAAAGGAAAAAAGCAUAAGUCCGAGAUUCCAUUUUAUACGCAUCCUUUUUUUAAAGCACAUGUCAAAUAUUAUUUUCUCAUCUUACACUUUUAA